UAACAAAUAGUAAUAGGAUAAAUAAAAAAAUAAAAAAAUAAGAAAUUCUCUGAAUAUCAAAUCAUACGAUCAUCUCCUAGGGCCUAGGGCUUCUUCUCUGCACAACUGUACACACUCUCCCUCCCUUUAAAUACGGUCCGGUUCCUCCCGAAGGCCGGAUCUCCUCCCUCACUCUCUCUCUCUCUCUCUCUUCAAAACUGAAAUUCUCCUGGUUUAACGGAAGAACUUCUUCUUUACUAAGGAAAAAAUAAAAAAUUGUCGAGUCGAGAGAUAGUAGUAACUAUGGUGAAAUCAGCGAAGUCUCAGCUCGACGAAGAAGAUGAACCUGAAGAUUACGACUCGUCGUCCUACAAAGGGGAAGUAGUGAAACCAGAGAGUAAAAGCAGCGAGCCGAAGGCGAAUGCGAACCGGUCCAAGCAUUCUGAGACAGAGCAGCGUAGAAGGAGCAAGAUUAACGAAAGGUUUCAGGCUUUGAGAGAUCUUAUUCCUCAAAAUGAUCAGAAAAGAGAUAAGGCUUCGUUCUUGUUAGAGGUUAUAGAGUACAUUCAGUUUUUACAAGAAAAAUUACAAAUGUAUGAGGGAUCAUAUGAAGGUUGGAGUCAGGAGCCAGCUAAAUUAUUGCCAUGGAAGAUUGAUCGUGCUUCUGCUGAAAGCCUACUCGAUCAUACACAAGUUAUGAAAAACGGUUCUGCUCAUGAGAAUAGUGUCAUGCUUGCAAAUGUACAUAACUCAAUAGAAUCUGACAUGGGCACUGCUGCAAUGUACAAAACAUUGGAUCAUUCCCAUGGGCCCACCAACCCAGCAAUUCCAUUUGAUGUGCAGACACCAUCGAAUGUAUUUGCUGCUGUUGGGAGGGGUGGUUUGCCUACACAGUCUUUGCAGGAAUCUGUUUCUGAUGUUGAGAACAUGGCUUACCAGCUUCAAUCCCAGCUGUUGCAUGGUAGACCAUGCGCUACUGAGUGUUCUACUCCAAACAAUACACUGAAUGGACAGGAGGACUUGGCAAGUGACAGUCUAUCAGUUAAUAUCUCGAAUGCCUAUUCUCAACAGAUACUGAAUACUCUGACCCAGGCACUACAAUCUUCGGGUGUGGAUCUAGCACAGACAAGCAUUGGAGUGCAAAUUGAUGUGGGCAAACGAGAAAAUAGUACAACUGCUGUGGCACCCAGUUCAAAGGUAAACCAGUAUCUAAGCAAUCAACUAAUCGUACAAGAUGGAGCUGGGAGCAGUGCAGAAAACUCAGAACAAGCUCAUAAGAGGCCAAGAAGAGAAAAAUGCUAGUGUAUCCUUCCGCUCACAGUGUAUCUACCAGCUUGAUUACUUCAUUUGGUCCUACAGAAAAUUCGGUGUUCGUUUCUGUUUGUCCAUCAUCCACAGCCAGGUUCGGAUCAGUUGUACAUGCAUGUAUUAUAUAUGCUCUUUGGCUUGUUUCCCAGUGGCUUGGAGUAUCCUGGAAGAAAGUAAGAAUGAGAACUUAUCUUCCCCGUUGGUUUUCUCAUUUCAGAUAAGAGGCUUUUCCAUACGUCUAAUAAGAAAGCUGCUUUCUAACCU